AUGGUCCCCAACAGGGUUCGCCAUAACAUCAACAAAGGGGAACAACACACAGACAUUACAAACUCGCUACUCAUAUUUAAGCGUUUUAAAAUGGUGAAGACAAGUUCCUACAGAAGGAAAAGUAGGAGCUCUCCUAAUGGACAAGGCCAAAAGGCAAAAAUAGGAAUAAAACGGUUAAGUGCUGAAUACGUAAAAACAGGACAACUUUUGGUGAAGCAAAGAAAAAUCAUUGCUUUCAGUUUAGAAAAAAAGACACGGAGACGGAAUUUUAAAUACUACCCUGGGGAACACGUUAAGGUUACAAAAAACACAAGUUUAGUAGCCCUCACGAAUGGAAGAGUAAAGUACACAUUCCAUGUUACGCAAAACGUCCUCAUCGUGAAUGUACUUCCCGAAGAGUUAGAUGAACUCAGGGAGGAAGAUUUAUAUAGAUACAGAACCGAGCAUGUCAGAUCGAUGGAGGAGAAUAGAAGUCUCGUUUACCUUCGAAUGAAACACGUGGUCAGCUUCCCCCCGACUAAACAAACGCAGUUUAGGAAGCCACCGCUGCGGCCACAGUUUCUGGCAAAGUACGACAUCGAAGACAAUCCGACGCUGAGGGAGGUGCCCGUGUUGUAUCACAAGCCGGACUGA